AUGCCAUAUUCACUUGUUCAUACAAAUGAAGUGAACCUUCAGCCUUCCGAUCGGACGCUUCUUCUUCCAAUUGGAUCUCUACCCGAAGACAUCCAAUACUCCGUCAUCUCAGCCUUCGCCACCCUAUCUUUCGAGAAUCUCAAAUGCGUCUCCUCGCUCAAUUCUCGGUUUCGUGCUUCUUUUAACUCCCUCCUAUUUCACUCAAUUACGUUGUCUGACGAAGACGCGCACAUCCUCAAACAUUUAUGCCCACCUCGAUUACAAUCUGCGGCACCCCCUGUUUUGGAUGAAUUCAGACUACAAGAUUUGCACAAGUCCAAAAAUCAGUAUACUAGAUUUUGUUCCAUAUGCAGCUCAGCGCGGAAUCUAUCGAUAGUUGGCGAGACGAUUUUAGAAGUGAUUGCCCAGAUGUUAGAGCAGGAGGGAACCACCAAUUUCUUUCCUCAAGUUGAACAGCUGGUAUUCAGAAAUACGAAGAAGGGCCAUGGCCUUGAACGUAUAAGCAUGGACACAUCCAUAGAACAUUCCCUAGGCAAGAUCCUCACGACUAUCCAGCCAAGAAAACUGUGUCUGAAUCUCGGAAUACCUUUUUCCCAUACAUGGCACAACCUCGUACAGAACCUAGCCGACGGGGGUUUGGGUGGAAUACAAGAAAUUGUUCAUCACGGAGUACCUAUAUCAAACAUGAAGGUUGAAUUUCUGAUUUUAGAGGGUGUAGCAAUACAGAGGUUCUUCUUAGAAGAUUAUGUUAUCCCUUCGUACAGUCAGACGACUCUCAAAGUCAUUUACCGAUGGGCUUCACCAAGGAAUGAUUUGUAUAUUCACAGGACGAUACCUCAGGAGAUACAUGUCUACGCUGAUUGGCGGGGCUCGUAUGGAUUACCAUUGGAGCUUGUCGAUUCGCCAAUCGAGGAUAUGUGGGAGUUGAAGAAAGUCACCCAUAUUCAACAAGCCGACGAGAAGGUCGAGUGUGAGUGUUGCUCUAGUCAGAAGCUAUAA